AUCCGGUCAGAAGCCAUUGUACUACCAGGUCGUUCUCAUGUCUACAGAAUCAAAUACUAUAAUUACAUGUUAAACAGUCUUUAAUCUGAGCGUGUUAACACCCGAGCAUCAUAAUUAUAGCACAGUAAAAUAAAGUCUAUUGUCUAGGUAGUAACGGAAAAAGACAUUUACAGAGGUCGAACGACGACUGUAUUUUCCACCCGGGACGUUAAGCUUUGCGGAGGGAUCCAACCGACUUUAGUAGACAUUGAAAGAGGAAAAGUCGCCGUCUAAUUCCGCACCAAUUUUUUAUUUCCUCUAAACGUCGUUUUAAAGUACGUGCUUGGCUUUUCUCUCAGGUCUGUGUCCUUAUUUAGAUGGCAAGCUUCCCAGACUCUGUAAACGAAAAUGAUAUAGGUAAGGCUAAGUUCAUUGGUGAACUGCUGGUGCCUGUUGCUCCCUUCGACCAGAAGUCUGGGCGCGAGGCUUGGACUGUAGCCUUUGCACCCAAUGGUUCCUACUUUGCUUGGUCUCAGGGGCAUCGCAUUGUGAGGCUCAUUCCCUGGACAAAAUGCCUGAAGAACUUUUCAAUGGGCCAUGGCGGAGAGGGCACCAAUGCCUCGAGUCCCCGGCGUUUGUCCCGUCAGAACAGCGACGGAGGCCAGGUAAUCCCGGCGGCCGGCGAGCCCUGCGAACACACUAUCGACUGCGGUGACAUCGUCUGGGGCUUGGCCUUUGGCUCCUCCGUGCCAGAGAAGCAGAGCCGCUGUGUUAACAUCGAGUGGCACCGCUUCAAGUUCGGCCAGGACCAGCUGCUACUGGCAACAGGCCUCAACAAUGGUCGCAUCAAGAUCUGGGAUGUUUACACUGGAAAACUGUUGCUGAAUCUGAUGGACCAUACUGAUGUAGUGCGAGACUUGACCUUUGCUCCUGAUGGCAGCCUCAUGCUAGUCUCUGCAUCCAGAGAUAAGACCCUCCGUGUAUGGGACCUCAAAGAUGAUGGUAACAUGGUGAAGGUUUUGCGGGGGCAUCAGAACUGGGUGUACUGCAGCUCCUUCUCCCCUGACUCCUCUAUCCUGUGUUCAGUUGGCGCCGGCAAAGCAGUGUUCCUAUGGAACAUGGAUAAGUACACAUUGAUCCAGAAGCUGGAGGGGCACCACAAUGAUGUGGUGUCUUGUGAGUUUUCACCAGAUGGGGCGCUGUUAGCCACCGCCUCUUAUGACACCCGGGUCAUUGUAUGGGACCACCACAAGGCCACCGUCCUGCUGGAAUUGGGCCAUCUCUUCCCUCCUCCAUCACCCAUUUUUGCCGGAGGGGCAAAUGACCGCUGGGUUCGCUCUGUGAGCUUCUGCCCUGACGGCCGCCACAUUGCCAGCAUUACUGAUGACAGGCUGGUUCGUUUCUGGAGCAUAGAGGAAAGGGCUCCUCAGGCCAUCGCCUCUCUCUCUAAUGGCCUCUGUUGUGCCUUCUCUGCUGAAGGAAGUGUACUUGCUGCUGGGACUCGUGAUGGUAGUGUGCACUUCUGGGAGUGUCCUCGUAGCAUUGCCAGUCUGCAGCACAUGUGCAGGAUGGCUCUCCGCCGGGUGAUGACCACCCAGCAGGUGGAGGACCUGGCCAUUCCCACGACGCUCUGCGACUACCUGACCUACAAAGUCAUCUAAUCCCCCCACUCACCACCACAGCACCAGCUGACCCAACUGCACCUGCCGCAGCAGCAUGCUGGAAAACCAAUGAAUCCCUUAUUUUCGGAAGUUUUUCAUUGAACUUUGUUGAAUAAACGUAAGCAAUCGGGACAGGAGGAAAAAGUUUUACUGAAACCCCAAAACCACAUCCUCGUCUCAAACCCCCACUACAUCCACUUACAGCAGGAUAUUGUGUUGUUUUGUACAUAUUUAUUUUUGUAAGUGCUUUAAUAAAUGAGUGUGCUAUUUCUGGGACCUCCUGUCCUCUAUCAGAUCAGAGUGGUACCUGUAAGUGUUCAGCUGCUCUUCCAGCUGGCUCCAGCUUUCCGCCAGGUUCAGUAAACCCUUCAUCUUUUCCUCUGACUUGAAAUGGCUGUUGCACUUAGUAAGAAGCUUUGAAGUGGUGCUCGCUCUUAAUGUCAGGUUUUCUGUUUGCAAGUGUGUGUGAGCUAAAGGGACACAUGGGAUGUUUAGAGGAUGCAGGGUUUUCAAGGCCAAUACUAAGAUCUGUGAAAUACUGAUACUGUAAGUAUAGUAUCUUUACAUUACAUUAUUGUCAUGGCAUAAUAGAAAAACAAAACCAGUUAUUGUUCUCUUAGAUUUUGAACAGUAUUAACACCACCAUGUCACGUAAUCCUGACGCCUUUAAUGUUUGUAAGCAGUAGUUUGUAUUUCCAAUACAAAAACAUUAGCCAGAUGUAUUAGCCGUUACAUGAUCAAUACAAUAUGUAACCUAGUUUCAUUUAAUUUCUGCUGUUUGGUCACACCAGAAACAGGCAGAGUGAGAAUUCUUCAUGUGUCAUUAAUUGAAUAUAUUUUUGAUCUGUUUGAGAUUUGGUGCAAAGUUUAUAAAUUGUUAAAAAUGCUGGUGUGACCAGACCUCUAAAGACACAUUAUUUUCUUUUUGCUUUAAAGCCACCCUGUGAAGUUUUUGACCACUAGUAGCACUAUGGAGCAAUGUUUUAUGAGUGGGUCCUCGUUUUGUUUUCAUCGCAUGCACGAGUCCCAGGCAAGGCGACAGAUUCCUGCUGAUGGUUUCACGCUGUGCCACUGAUGUCUAAUGAAAUCCGAAAUGUCUAAAAUCGCCUGUGCAAAGGAUUUUUGUGGAAGGAAUGCAUUCAACACAUUCGUUAGGCCUCAAGGAUACAGGCAAUGUGUUGUGGUGAGAAACACAGACUCUAAACGUAACUUCACAGGGCACCUUAAAAUUCUCCUAAAAUAGCUCCUAAUAUUUACUACCCAACUACACUAACUGGCUGAUAUCAGAGUUUCAGUAAAUUGCAAAUAUUGGCCACAUGUUUGGACAACAAACGGUCAAACCAUGACACGAUGCAGGUGUGACCCACCCACAGUCCACCCAAAAAUGUCUCAGACUGGCAACAUAAAUGGAAAGAUUAUGCUUCCAUUUACUUAAGUCCUCUGCAAGCACCUCUGCUGCUUAAUUGCUUUCUAUAUUUUAACUUGUACAAAAACCUGUAUUGAGUUCUAUGUGAUGUGUGUGUAUAUACAAAAUUGUAUCAUGUCUAGAAACAUAUCAAAGUUCUAAGCUUUUUUUCACUUUAUUUCAUCAGUUCUUCUGUUGAACAUCUGUAUUUUUGUAUUUUGUUGUCCUUUAAAUGUGAAAAUGUCUACAAAAACUACACAUCUUACUGCUUAAGCCCAGAAUGAAAGGUGUAUUACAUUUCUUUGCAGGUCAGACUGUGGCAGUGCUGCUGUGCCCUGUUACAUAUUUUUGCUAUAUGUUGAAAUUACAAAUUACAAUUACUUAAAUUGCAAUCCUGAAAGUAAUCAAAAGCAGCCAACCAAACCUGCCACCCUCGGCCAUCUGGUGUUAAAGACCUUCAUGUUCACUGAGCUCUUGAUAGAAAUAUAUGCACAUGAUAAUCCACAAUAACUCUUAAGAUGCAGCAUUCUCUUUCUUCAUUGUCAUUUUCAGUUUUUAUGUUGGUGAGAGGAGAUGUGAAGAAGGGAAAGAAGGUGGGUACAGAGUGGCUGUCAGUCAUUCGUUAAGUUCUCUGACAGUGCUAAUACCAAAGGUUUUCCUUUUAAGAUAGUUUAGGGGGGGUUCAUAAUUUUCUACUGAGAUAAUAGAGGUCUCAUGAAUGGGCUACAGUGCUUAAAUCUGUACAGAACCUUAACAGGGGUGUCAGAUGUUUAUAUACCUGUAACCAUCGCGAUUGGAAAAACACAGUCCUGCCUCAGUGAGAUGCCGUAUGAAGUGGUAAAUGUAUCAAAUAUAAAUGAAUGUAUAAGAUUCCUGCAAGUUACUUGUAAUUUCUUUUUGUGUGUGUGUUUUGUAGUUUCAAUAAAGGCUUUUUGACAAAA